AAGCGGUGCCGGGGGAGGGUGCCCGGGGCGAUGCCGGUGCCCGGGGCAGUGCCGGUGCUGGGGCGGGUGCUCGGGGAGCUGUCGGUAUCCGGGGCGGGAGCUUGGGCGGUGCCGGUUCCUGGGGCAGGGCGAGUACUCGGGCGGUGCUGGUGGCCGGGGCGGGUUCCCAGGGAGGUGCCGGUAGCCGGGGCGGGUUCCCAGGGAGGUGUUGGUACCCGGGGCGGUGCCGGUACCCGGGGCGGUGCCGGUACCCGGGGUGGUGCCGGUGCUCGGGGCGGGCCCCGCGGCCGGGCGAGGCGGAGCCGUCGGGCAGCGCGGCCGGUGCCCAUGGGAGCCCGGGGGAGGCUGCGGGGCGGUGGGUGCCCAUGGCUUUCAGUCCGGGGCUGCUGGUGGUGGCCGGUUCCUUCGCUGCCUUCCGCCUGCUGAACCGGGAGCUGGAACGGCUGGUGCCGCCGCCGCCCUCAGCCCGGCGCAACCGCUGGAAGUGGCGCAACAUCUGGACAUCGCUGGCGCACAGCGUGCUUAGCGGCAGCGGGGCGCUGGCCGGGUUCUGCCUCCACCCCGGACUGUCUGAGGACCUGGUGGGCACACACCCUCCCGGAGCACACAGCCUGGUCGCCGUGUCCGUAGGUUAUUUCCUUGAAGACUUUGUGGAUAUGUUGUGCAAUCAGAAACUUCACCAGUCCUGGGAGCUUCUCUUCCAUCACUCCGUGGUGAUUGUCUGCUUUGGCAUUGCAGUGCUGCUCCACCAGUAUGUCGGGUUUGCCCUUGUGGCUUUACUGGUGGAGAUUAACUCCAUCUUCCUCCACCUGCGGCAGAUCCUGCUCAUGGCCAACCUGGUGCACACCACCUGCUACCGCCUCAACAGUAUCAUUAACCUGGGCACCUACAUGGUGUUUCGCAUCGCCACGCUGACCUGGAUGGCUCGCUGGCUCUUCCUCAAUCGGGGGAACGUGCCCCCAGCGACGUAUGCUGUGGGCACAGUGGGCAUGGCAAUCAUGACACCCAUGAACAUCAUCCUCUUGUACCGCUUGCUGCGGAGUGACUUCUUCAAGUCCAGCCGGGAUGUGCAGCAGGAGAAGGAGCAAUAACUCCAGUCCUCAUAGGGUCUGAGGACAGCAAAGUGCAGUGGAGAGCAAGCAUGGCUGCUUCCGUACCUUGCUUGGAGGGUCCACACUAACAGAGCAGCUGGGCUUUUCUUGUGGCUGCAGAUCCUGGGUGUUGCACGGCAGAGAAGAUGCUCACAGACCAGGCACCGGGGCUCUGUUCCCCCUUCACCUUUGGAUGACGUGGUUGGAUGACCGGGAGCCGCUCAGAGAAGCCCCGACAGCUCUCACAGCUCCCUGAGGCACCGCUGAGACAAGGAGCGAGCAGAAGAGCACUGUUUCCCCACUGCUCAUCCAGGCAUCUGAACACCACAGGGUGUUUCUAACCCUUUGGGUGCUGCAGCGUCACAUCGGCCAGGGCUCUGCCCAGCCCUGCGUUCUCUGCGACACUUCCCGUGGGAGCACCACCAGGCAAGAGAGCCUCCAAGGCUUCAGCCUCAAGGCCAGGGCCAGUAAAAGCCAAAUCCCAUGCUCAUGAGUCCUCCCCAAGGAGAUUAUCCCAGGUGGGUGAUGGAGGGAGAGGCUGAGAUGUGUCUGGGUGGGAUGCUGCCCACUGAAGGUGCUGUAGUGCUGUGCCUGGGGACAGAUGGCUGACUUAUCUUGACAGCUGGCCAGGAUGAUGCUAUGUGACAGUCACUUCUCACAGAUGAGGAGUUUUCAGGCAUAUGUUAGGGUUCAGGUGUAUAUUUAGAAUGAAAAGUCCUGCUGCAGAGCCCAGUGUAACACUCUCACCCAGCAGCAAGAGCUCUUACUAACACGAGCUUUAAAUAAACAUCUGCAAACGAAA